UCCUUGCAGCGCGGGUUUCAGUGAUGCUGCGCUUAGGAUGGAUGCGGCUGUUGCCCGUGCUCUGCAGCCUCCUGCUGGGGCGAGCCGAGGCCCCGAGCCCCGGGUUGCCGCCGGAGCAGAGCCGGUCCUACGAGGUGCUGCGGAGGCAGAGCCUGGAUUUAUCGAAUUAUCUGAAGGGGAACUGGUCGCAGGAGCUGGACAGGUUGCACAAGGAGCUGCAAAUACAGAUCCAGAAGCUUAAUCGAACCAGAGUGGAACCAGUGACCCUUGGAGGCUUUACCUCUUGGCUUACCUCUGCAUUUUCUUACUUUAAGGAAUGGGUGGGAGUGAUUUUGUUUGGUGCUGCUAUAUGCUGUGGACUGGUAUUCGUGCUUCAGUUGGUUUACAAAUUCAGAACCCAACAAAAACGUGACAAGGUGAUUAUAACUCAAGCACUUCCCUGAAGUUUGGUUAUCUAUGCUCAAGAAUUAGUCGGCAUCUUGAAAGAGUAAAACUUAAAAACAAAAUUCUAGGCCUUUAGGCCCAGGUUUGGGAAUGUGGCCUUUGUGAUAAUAAAACAGAUAACGACAUUCCUCCACCCACCUGCUUUCUGGGUUCAAAGAGUGUUCAUUCAAAGAAAGUCACCCUGACCCACCCUGACCAUUGCUGGAACCCGCUAUUCAAAGGUGCUAUUGUUAGGGGCUCUUAGAAACUGUCUUGAGAAAUAACCCUCACAAUUACCAGGUAUUCCUCUUGACUCUUGUGACUUUGCACUUCCUUGUGACUCUUAACUGGUAUUUUUGGUAUUUUCCAACAACCCCCUUCCCACCUCCUUGAGUUGUGGUUUCUUCCUUUAAAUACCCCCUUAUCCAGCUACUCGGCGCGCCACGGUCCUCUACUCCUGUGUGGUGUAUGACCGUGGGCCUGAGAGCGCUCUUGAAUAAAAAUCCUCUUGCAGUUUGCAGC